UCCAGCGCAGUCGGUGGCUGAAAUGAGAGACCAACCGUUGGCCUGUGCCCCGUCACUUUCCUGCACCGACGCCCCCCUUCUCCACCCAAUGUUACAUUAACGGCCUUCGUAUCUAUUCUUCUGCUCCCGUUUUCUACCCUGUUGCAUCGCAUAACACAGAAGAAAGAGAGGCAGCGUACUCACUGCUCAAUGUGAUCCGCUUGAUUAUCCCUCUCUCCAAAUCGAUGGACCGAGAACCAUCGUUUUCUUCAGACGACGAAGACGAUCGCCUGAAUCUGAUCGAUCAGAACGAAAGAGCACCACCGGACAAGUCCCCCAAGCGCUCCACCUUCCAAAUUGACGAUGAUGAUCGUGGCGAGUUCAAGGACGGUUUUGUCAAUGCUCGCCGACACGGUCACCACGUCUUCACCUUCAAUAAGAGGUAUCUCUUCGCCAUUUUCCUCCCGCUUCUCAUCCUUGUCCUGUAUUACACCACCGAUUUCCGGAAUCUAUUCCAAACUGGUGUUUCCAGCCUCAAAUUUGACUCUCCUGUCAAUCGUAUGGGCGAGUCCGAAUUGAAAGCUUUGUAUUUGUUGAGACAGCAGCAACUGGGGCUUUUCCAGCUGUGGAACCGUACUUUUGUUACUGAAUCGAUCGCCGCUUCCAAUUCCACAGUAGUAAACCCAGGUCCUGUCAAUUCUACUUCUAAUACCUCGAAACCUAGUUCACGGUCACACGAUUCUGUUUCGCCAUUGUCAUGGUCUGAGUUGUUUGAGGAUUUCAAGUCGGCAAUGAUUAGUCAGAUUUCGUUGAAUAAACAAAUACAAGAAGUGCUUUUGUCUUCUCAUCAAUCAGGGGAGUUGUUGGAUUUGGCUGAUAAUGUUACAGACCCUGGCCUUGGUGGAUAUGCCGGCCUUGAUAGGUGUCGAAAGGUUGAUCAGAAGUUGUCUGAAAGGAAAACAAUUGUGUGGAAGCCGAGGAAGAAUAAAUACUUGUUUGCAGUGUGUGUGUCGGGGCAAAUGUCCAAUCAUUUGAUUUGUUUAGAGAAGCACAUGUUCUUUGCAGCUCUGCUCAACCGCGUUCUAGUUAUUCCCAGCUCCAAAGUUGAUUAUGAGUUCAGUCGUGUGCUAGAUAUUGAUCAUAUAAAUAAGUGUGUGGGAAGAAAAGUAGUUGUAACAUUUGAAGAGUUUGCAGAAGCUAAAAGGCACCACUUGCACAUAGACAAGUUCGAGUGCUACUUCUCAUUGCCACAACUGUGUUACAUGGACAAUGAUCGGGUUAAGAAGUUGAAGUCAUUGGGGAUUUCAAUGAAUAAGCUUGAGCCAGCUUGGACUGAGGAUGUCAAGAAACCAACAAAAAGAACUAUGCAAGACGUCAUUGAAAAGUUUUCUUCCACCGAUGAUGUUCUUGCAAUAGGAGAUGUCUUUUUUGCUGAUGUUGAGCAUGAUUUGGUGAUGCAAUCUGGUGGUCCUCUCACUCACAAAUGCAAGACCCUGAUUGAGCCUAGUCGUCUUAUCAUGCUUACAGCACAGCGUUUUAUUCAGACAUUCUUAGGGCAGAGAUUCGUUGCUCUUCAUUUCCGCCGUCAUGGCUUCUUGAAGUUUUGCAAUGCUAAAAACCCAAGUUGCUUUUUCCCUGUUCCACAAGCUGCAGACUGUAUUAACCAUGUGGUUGGAAAAACAAAUAUACCUGUUAUAUAUCUCUCCACAGAUGCUGCCGGAAGUGAAACCAGUUUAUUACAAUCGCUAAUUGUAUUAAAUGGAAAAGUGGUACCACUUGUUAAGCGGCCCUCUCGUAAUUCAGCCGAAAAGUGGGAUGCAUUGUUGUAUAGACAUGGCCUCGAGCAAGAUCCUCAGGUGGAAGCUAUGCUGGAUAAAACAAUCUGUGCAAUGUCUACGGUGUUUAUUGGAUCCUCCGGGUCCACUUUCACAGAGGACAUACUGAGGCUCCGGAAGGGCUGGGGAUCUGCAUCACUUUGCGAUGAAUACCUCUGCCAGGGUGAACCGCCUAAUUUUAUUGCAGAGGAUGAGUAAACUGAUGCCAGAUGAUGCAGAGGCCCUUUGGUGUUCAAUCAAAUAUUGUUCAUAGCAGCUGUGAUUUUGAUUUUGGCUCAUCUUUUUUCAGCCUUUUAACACAUGGAUGGUCCGACUUCUGACGAUGAUUUUCAACCUGGUCUACAGUUAAGCCAAGUUUCUCUAAAUGUGCACGAUAGUUGUAGCAGCAUUUACAUUGGUUGAUGGUGCUGGUGUUGUGUAUAUAUAUUAUUAUUAGCGUAGUCCUACUUACUUGAGGAGUCGAGUCGUGCAGCUUUGUCUUGGAUUGUAAAGCAAGUGAUAGCUAUUUAGCAGUUUUUAGAUUCCUAUCUAUCUUUGUGGAAACUUUCUACUGCAUAAAUAAGGUAUUAUUAGCAGCCCCAUUGGCAGACUGGCGGCUUUUUGGCA